GUUUGUGGAUUUCCAACAGUUCACGCCACUGCAACGGCCACCGUUUGGUGGAGUCGAGGACUGGCAAGGUUCGUGCCCGACAGCAAAGUUGUGGUAGGCAAGGACUCUGAAGAGAAAGGGAGUUUCCUCUUGGCCUCUCAGACACACUGGUUCAGCUCUUCAGCCAUCGACCGCCAUGUCCAGCAGGACGUGCCUUCUCGUUGCUGUCACGUUGGCGACGUGGCUCGUGGAGACGUGCGAUGGAGACGUGAGGUGGACACGUGACCGAAAGUUUGAUGGACUCGUUAAGGUCAACGGUUACCCUCACUCAGAGCUCGGGGGCGAGGGCAUGAACGUGCGUUACUGCGCCUCCACCUGCACCUCCAGCUCCAGGUGUGCUUCUUUCUUCUACCUGACUGCCAACAGAACGUGCAUCAUGAACGACCUGAUAUUUCCAUCCACAAGUGGAGGCACUGUCUUGCCUGGUGCGAGAUACUUCAAAGCCGUUACAGCUACCUGUCCAGUCGGUGACGGGUAUGUGUGGGUGGCCAGGCUGCGAAUGUGUUUCAAAUUUUACCCGACUCUCACCAACUUCAGCACCGUGUUUGAAACUUGCACGAACAACGGGGACCGACCUGUUGUGUUGGACACUGGAGACAAGAACUACGCUGUCAGCACCUAUGUCGCAUAUACCUACGGGGCGACUUUCUAUGUAGGAGCGGUACGGGAGGGGGCAGUGAACGGUUCCAGGACAUUGUGGACCAGUGACUAUCUUCUGUACUGGCUCAACGGGAAACUGGUGGCGACAGAUGGACCCGACAGCGGCUGGGGUCUCGGACACCCGUCCAACUCUUUUGGAAAGGAAGGCUGUAUGGUACAGCUUAGAAAUCAGUGGAAUGAUGUUUCUUGCGAUACCAACUGCUCAUUCGUCUGCGAGAAAGUUAUUCCCUAAACUGGAAAGUCACUCCAGAAGGAAAAGAAGACUGUGGAUGAAAGCUUCACCAUGGGAAGAAGGUGAUGACCAUGUCUUGUGUGACACAUGUUCUGGACUUUGACCGGAUGACUGAUUGUGCUAACGGGUGGCCGCUUUUCAAGUUUAUUCUCAAAAAUGACACAUGUAAUUAAGCACAAAUAUUAGUAAAAAAUAUUUAUAAACACCACGUGCUUUUAAAACACAAAUGUAGAAGAUCAUUAUAAAUUUCUUAAAAUAUAUUGACUAUGGGGUAUCAAGCUAAAUAAAUAGUAUCAAACAUUGUUUCUUUAAAUUUAACGGUGUAUCGUAUUUUAGUGGAUUUGUUUAUUGGUAAUUGAAGAAAAUUUUAUUAUUUUUGUGUUAUCAGCUACAAUUAUUUUACACAAACAUUUACAAACACAAAAGUAGAAGAAUAACAUUGCUCGUUUAUAUGUGCAUGCGGUAAAAUUAAUUUUUUUUAAAGCUCUUAAAGAUAUGACAAUGGUUAAAAUCAUGAAUUAUAUUAUCCAAUCCUGUAUACUUUCAUUUUCCUGUAUACAUACAACCUUCAGGCUUUCUCAUUCUGCAACCCAUCACUCUCACAACGAAAGGCAUAUCAGCAGGGAGAAAAGUAAGACAAAUAGUGUACAUAUGUAAAUAUAAUAGCAGAUAUAGUUUCAUGUAUUUCGGUUUAUCAUGUACUUUUCCAAUAUCCAUUGAAAGCAACUCUAGAAAAAACAGUCAAGAAAUAUAUUUUGGAAAGAUUCAUGUUCCUCUCUUGUCUAGCGCCACUUCUUGUUAAUUUUAUUGGUUGUUUUUGUUCCAGAUAUAAAUUUGUACAUAAAUGAUAAAUGAUAUAGUAGAGCAACCCUGCUUUUCAAAGGAAAAAAUAUACAUUUUCCUAGGUA